AUGAAGGAAAAAAAAGAAAAAAAUAAAAGUCUGUGCACUACAUCUAAUAAUGAUUUAAAAUUAUCUUACCCUAUUGAUAAACAAUACAACACAGUUGAUAGAAUCCCUGGACGUAAAACAUCUCAAAACGGAAGCUACGAAUCUGUUAAUGACAGACAACAAAAACAACAAAGAGACUUAGUAGCUCAAUAUUUGGUCAAAGAAACUAAUUUACCACUGUGUACAAAUAAAUUUCUAACUGCUGACUCUUCUAAACUACUUGAUCAACAAUCAGAAGAUUACUGCA